CAAAACUGCAGAAAGCACAGAAGCUGUUUUGUUCAAAAGUCCACAGAUAUGUACUUCCAUCUCCUUGAGCUAUUUUCUACUUAAUCUAAUCUACACUACUUGUUUACAGCUUCCAGCAGCAGAGAGUAAUAGCCACUGCGAAAAAAAGCUUGUAAAAAUACACAAAUUAUCUUCAAUGUCCAGCAGCAGCAACAGCAUUCGACAUAACAAUAGUAGCAACAAUAGUUAUUACAGCCGCAGCGACCGUGUCAUCAGUAAUCGCAUGAGUAGAGUAACUGCUGCGCAUGCGCAACCUGAUCUCCGCAUUAGACGCGUUUCACUACUCUCAAUCAUAUCAAAGCUGCUGCUGCAAUGCAUUUUAAUGGUAAUUGUAAUAACUUGCGCAGCUACGAGACUCGGCGCACAUGCACAAGGUCAAAUUACAGUGGAUGAUGACUUUCAACGAUUGUUGGGCAGGUGCAAAAUGGGCAGCACCGAAUUUGAUGAUUGCAUGAAGGAGGUAUUCAAUGAUUUGCGCGCCUAUUUUCCGACUGGUGUUCCCGCCUACAACAUUAAGCCUUUCGAUCCUCAUCGUUCACCUUUUGUGGAGUUGCGACGCGGCGAUCAAAGCGGCUUCGGUGGUUUUAAACUAAUUUUGCGCAACAUUUCCGAAUACGGCUGGGCGCAAUCGGAGGUUACUAAAUACCGCACAGACUAUGCGAAUAAGCGCAUCAUCUAUGCCCAAUAUUUUCCAGAAAAAAGUUUAGAAGGUUGGUAUGAGUUUUCUGGUAAAAUACUUGGCACACAAAUGAAGCGAAGCGGCUUUUGGAAUAUGACACUAUACGAUUACAGCCAGACGACUAGCGUGCGACGGCUUGGUGCACCCGGUGCGUUGUUGAAAGUACGUGUGGAAAUCGAUCGGAUCGGUGGCUUAAAAAUGCAUGUCGCUAAUGCGUUAGCACAGGGACGGGAGCGUUUGGAUAAUUUUGCUGAUGGUGUCAUAAAUAGCAUGUGGCCUAUUGGCUUCCCCGUUAUUAAGCCUAUUAUAAAUGAAUUGGUCAGUAGUGCAUUUACCGACAUAUUCAAUGAAUCAUUUCGCAAGUUUCCUAUAGCGAAAUUUUUAAGUUGAUGCCACGUGUGUUUGUGUGCCUAAAAUAUUUGUUAUCCGAAUUGUUGUUACAUAUUGUAUUAUACGAUCUAUUGUUUCGUUGGCUUACUUUUAGUGUGCUAGUUGAUUUACAUGAUUAAAAAAUGUAUGUAUGUAAGUGUUUAUGUUUGAUAUAACACUUAAUUUAGGUUUAGGAAAAAGAUAAAAAAAA